CACAUCUCCGUCCACCUGCAGCAAGAAUCUGCAUCUUACCAGAGCAUUUGGGCUUGGGGAGGAUGGCCAUGAUGAGGAGCACAGUGUUGUACAGAUAGAUGGGCUGAAGGAAGGGGGAGACCCACGAGAGGCUCUGAGAGAAAGGACCAGCCCUGGGAACUGUCCCCUAGAAAGUACCAACUCAGAAAGACAUCAAGUCUAUUUGCUUCUGUGACCUGGCCCUCAGUAAGAUGAAUGUAAAGCAGGAAGAUUCAAAAGGAAGCGAAAGUCAUACAUCGAUGCCUGCCUGCCCCAGACACAGACCUGAACAGUGAAGUCCACAGCUCUGUAAAAAACUGUUUUCAGCACUUGGAGAAGCCAUGAUUCCCACUCUCACGGCCCUGCUCUGCCUGGGGCUGAGUCUGGGCUCCAGUACACCAGUGCAGACAGAGACCUUAGCCAAACCCAGGCUCUGGGCUGAGCCAGGAUCUGUGAUACCACGAGGGGAAUCUGUGACCCUCUGGUGUGAGUGGACUCUGGGGGCUCGGGAAUAUGGCCUGUACAAAAAGGGAAGUCAAGAGCCCUGGACAAGACAGACAUCACUGGAACCCAAGAGCAUGGCCACGUUCUCCAUCCAAUCCAUGACAGAGCACCAUGUAGGACAAUACCACUGCUACUAUCGAACCCCUUCUGGCCAGUCAGAGCCCAGUGAGCCCCUGGAGCUGGUGGUGACAGGAUUCUACAGCAAGCCCAGCCUCUCAGCCCUGCCCAGCCCUAUGGUGACCUCAGGAGGGAACGUGAACCUCUGGUGUGGCUCAUGGCUGGGAUUUCACAGGUUCAUUGUGACUAAGGAAGGAAAAGACAAGCUCUCCUGGACCCAGAAGUCAGAGCAAAAACCCGGAGAGCAAGCCAAGGCCCUGUUCCCUGUGGGUCCUGUGACCCCCAGACACAGGUGGAGGUUCAGAUGCUAUGGCUGUUAUUGGAAUGAAUCCCAGGUGUGCUCAGAGCCCAGUGACACCCUGGAGCUCCUGGUCUCAGGAACCCUCCCCAAGCCCAUCUUCCGGGUGGAACCACAUUCUGUGAUCCCUUGGGGGGAGACUGUGACCCUCUGGUGUGAGGGGACCUCGGAGGCCCAGGAGUACCAUCUGGGUAAAGAGGGAAGUCCUGUGUUCUUGGACACACAGAUCUCAGCAAAACCCAUGAAGAGGGCCAAAUUCUCCAUCCCAUCCAUGACAGAAAAUAACUCAGGGCAGUAUUACUGUUACUAUACGAUAUCUGGCAUCUGGUCACAGUCCAGUGACCCCAUGGAGCUGGUGGUGACAGGAGUUUACAGCAAGCCCAGCCUCUCAGCACUGCCCAGCCCUGUGGUGACCUCAGGAGGGAAUGUCACCCUCCAGUGUGCCUCACUGCAGCAAUUUGACAGAUUCUUUCUGACUAAAGAUGCAGAACACAAGUUUUCCUUUGACCUGGACUCACAGCAGCAUUCCCAUGGGCAGGUCCAGGCCCUGUUCCUUGUGGGCCCUGUGACCCCUGGUCAUAGUUGGACAUUCACUUGCUACGGCUUUUACAGGAGCAAACCCCAGGUGUGGUCAGAGCCCAGUGACUCCUUGGAGCUCCUAAUCGCAGGUCUGUCCGGGAAGCCCUCCCUCCUGACCCAGAAUGGUUCUUUCCUGACCCCUGGACACAACCUCACUCUCCAAUGUCACUCUGAUCUCGGCUAUGACAGAUUCACUCUGUCCAAGGAGGGGGCAGGUGAUCUCCUCCAGCACCCUGGCUGGCAGCCCCAUGCUGGGCUCUCUCAGGCCGACUUCCCCCUGGGUCCUGGGAGCAGCUCCCAUGGAGGCCGAUACAGAUGCUAUGGAGGACACAGCUUCUCCUCUGAAUGGUCAGCCCCCAGUGACCCCCUGGACAUCCUGAUCACAGGACAGCUCCCUGCCACACCCUCCCUCUCUGUGAAGCCGGGACUCAUGGUAUCCUCAGGAGAGAAUGUGACCCUGCUGUGUCAGUCAUGGAUUCCGAUGGAUGCUUUCCUUCUGUCCAAGGAGGGAACAGCUGAUCCCCCACUGCAUCUGAGAUCAGAGUCCCGAGCUCAGCAGUCCCAGGCAGAAUUCUCCAUGGGAGCUGCAAGCUCAGCUCUCGGGGGGACCUACAGAUGCUAUGGCUCUCAGGACUCAGCUCCAUAUUUGUUGUCACAGCCCAGUGAACCCCUGGAGUUCAUGGUCACAGGACAGCUCCCUGCCACACCCUUCCUCUCUGCGAAGCCGGGACCCAUGGUAUCCUCAGGAGAGAAUGUGACCCUGCUGUGUCAGUCAUGGAUUCCGAUGGAUGCUUUCCUUCUGUCCAAGGAGGGAACAGCUGAUCCCCCACUGCAUCUGAGAUCAGAGUCCCGAGCUCAGCAGUCCCAGGCAGAAUUCUCCAUGGGAGCUGCAAGCUCAGCUCUCGGGGGGACCUACAGAUGCUAUGGCUCUCGGGACUCAGCUCCAUAUUUGUUGUCACAGCCCAGUGAACCCCUGGAGCUCAUGGUCACAGGACCAGGAAAGCACCUGAAGGUUCUGAUUGGGGUCUCGGUGGCCUUUGUCCUGCUACUGCUGCUCCUCCUCCUCUUUCUUGUCCUCCAACGCUGGCAUCAGGGAAAAAGCAAGAAGGCAGAUGCCACUGAAAAGGACACAGAGCCUGAGGACAGGGCGGAGCUGGACACUCUGAGCCCACCUAAUGAGGAUCCCCAAGAAGCAGUCUGCGUCCAAGUGAAGCACUCAGCACCCAGGAACAGUAGAUCCUCCCCUCCUUCAGCCCUGUUGAGGCAGUUCCUGAACACAAAGGACAAAAAGGCUGCUGCCCAUGAGGAUACCCAGGAUGUGACCUAUGCCCAGCUCAGCAACUGGACGCUCAGACAGGAAACAGCUGCACCACCUUCCUCCCAGGACGGGGCCCUCCAAGAGGUGCCCACUCUGUAUGCUAACCUCAUGCCCACUCGUCCGGGACCCAUCCCAAAGGACACUAAAUGAUGCCUCAGCCAGGGACAGAGACCUCCAGAGAUUCUAGGAUCUUAGGCUCACCUGACCCUGCAGUCAGAGAGAGCUCACAUCUCUCUGUGUUGGAAAUGAAAUGAGAGAUUCUUCAAUAAUUGCUGAGUGAACGAGAAAUGAAAUCAUGGGAGAGGGUUGUGAGAUGAAUAAUAAUGUUAAUGACAGCGUGAUGCCACACAGACAGGAAAGGAGAGAAUUAAAAACCAUGGAUAACAGCAGAUGACACUCCCUAAAACUGGAUGGAUCCAGCUAUGCUACAAAACUUUUGGAAGAAGAAUGCAGAAUUCCAUUAAGUGAAGGUAAGGUGACAGAUUAGAUCUUCCUGGGAGGAGUUGGCUCAGACUUCAACAUGGAGAAAGAGCAGACAGUAUGACAGAUUGCCCGUGUUUAAAAAAAAAAACUCAAAAUUAUGAACAAUUUUUCCAACUAAUUAGAUGUACAGGGUCUCCAAGUACACGAUUACUAUGUGGCAUAAAUAUAAAUAGAAAAUCUGAAUCCUUUUGUAUACAUUAAACCCUUUGACUGUAUUUGAAAACUUUCCCAGUGGAAGUUCCAGGAAGCUUCGCUGGAAAUUUCUCAGUCACAGUGGAACACUUAUGAUGUAGACACAACUCUAAGACUCUUCUCCCAGGUACGAAAAGAGAAGAGUCCUACACAUACCAAACCUCAACAAAUAAUCCACUAAACGGGGGAGUCCCAGGAGCCUCAAAUCCUACCACCUUCAUGUGACUUCCUAAAAAGAAUUCCAACUCCAGCAAUUAGGGAGGCAGAGGCAAAAGGAUCACAAGUCUGAUGCCAGCCUGGGCUACAUAGAGAUGUCUCAGAGUAAAACAAAAGUCCUAGGAAUGUCGCUCAGUGUUGUUCCCCAAGUUCAAACAGCAGUGCUGCCCAAAAAAUUGUAAAGGUUCAGAAACACAGUAUGCCUAUGAGUGCCUCGUGUUUAUCAUUCUUUAUGGCAGAGUAAUACUUCAUUGUGUGUAAACACUACAUUUUCUUGACCCAUUCAUUUCUUUUUUUAAUCUAAAUUCUUCAUUUUACCUGCCAUCAGAUACAAUAAAAUCAAACAGGCUUUUGAAGCAGUUACUAGUAGUCUUUUAGGUUUUGGCAGUGUCCACUGUGAUUUUUCCUUUCUGAUUUCUUUUUUCUUCCUCUCUGAAAUAAAAUGGACUUGCUCCAGUCAUCUCUUGAUGAAUGCAUACACUCUUUCUCAGAUUUAUCUAUCAUAAAUUCUGCCGCUAUAAACAUGACUAUGCACAUAGCCCUGCGAUGUGAUGGUUUUAACUCUUGAGAAUACAGCUGAAAGGGAGGUAACGGGGUCAAGUGGAAUUUUUAAUUUUAGAUUUUUGAGGAAUGCCUACACUGAUUUCUACAGUUGCAGUACUGGUUCACAUUGCCACCAACAAUGGAGAAUUCCUUUUUCUCUACAUUCUUCCCAGCAUUUGUUAUUAUUGAAUUUUCAAUGAUAGCUAUUUUCUGCAGUAAAUGCCUUACAGUCAUUUUCAUUUCUGUGUGGCCGGAGAUGCUGGCCAUUUUUUCAUGUAUUUACUGACAUUAGUGUUUCUUCGUCUCAGGAGUGUCUAUUCAUUUCAGUUUCCCAUUCUUUAAUUGGAUCUGUAAUUCUGUGCUGAUGAUGUUGGAGUUCAUUACACACUCUAUACUAAUUUUUUUGUCAUGGAAGUGACUGACAAACAUUUCUUCCCAUUCCCUGGGUGGUCUCUUCAGUGUGUUUGCUGUUUUGUUUGCUGUGUGGAAGCUUUAUGAUUUUAUAUGAGUUUCUUCUUGAUGUUGUUUCUUCUGCAAUUUGGGCUGUGCUGUGAAAAUCUCUGCCUAAGUCUAUGUCUUCAACAGUUUUACUGAUUUUAUCUUCCAGUAAUUUAAUUGUUUCAAUUUUAACAUUUAGACCUUUGACCAUUUUUAAGUUUAGUUUAGGUAAAAAAUGUAGGUUUAUAUUCAGUCGCAUGCACAUGGACAGCAGUUUCCCAGCACCAUGUGCAGAAGUGUCCCUCGUUCCUCCAGCCCAGGGCUUGGGCCCAUUUGUCACAAUUCAGGUGGACGAACGUGUCUGGUGUUGUUCUGUGUCUUUUCUUCUGUUCCGUUGAUUCCCAUUCUGGUGUGUGCUGAUGCCAUGCUGUUUUUAUUGCCGUUGUUUUUCUUUUAAAUUUAUUUUAAAGAGAGGGGCUGGGGGUUUAGCUCAGCGGCAUAAGCGCCUGCCUUGCAAGCUGGCAGUCGUGAGUUCGAUCCCUGGUACCGAUAAAAACGAAAAAGACAAAAAAAAAAAAAAAAGACAAAAAAAUUUAUUUUAAAGAGAAUGGAACCAAGCAAAAUAAAACAGAAUAAAACCAAUCAAAAUAAGAGUAUAACACAUGAUUUCAAAACAAGAUAAAAGGAAAUCAACAAUGGUUACCGGAAUGCCUCUUGUCUUCAAAAUAGCUGUCCAUACUUUCAGACAUAGUAAAAUCAAACAAAACAGAAUAGAGGAGAAACAAUAAAAAUGAACAGUGAAAGCAUUACAGAACUUCAAAACAAGGUAAUAGUAAAUCCAAAAUGGCUAUCAUAAUAAUAUAUCUUGUUAUCUCUGAAAUAGCUGCCCCUGCCAUUAGAUACAAUAAAAUCAAACAAGAUAAAACAGAAUAAAACUCAACCGAACAAAACAGUAAGAAUGAUACAGGAAUGCAAAACAGGACAAUAAGGAAUUAACAAUGGCUAUCACCUUCGGAAGGAGAUCCCCAUAGAUGCUAUGCUGUGUAUGGUCAUCCUCUUAACUAGAUGAUCAAGAUUCCAUGCUUUAGGUCCACAAAAUCAGUGAAGUACUAAAAACUACAAGCCUUAAGUGGUAUAUUACCUCACUAGCUGUCAUCACAGCCUGUGUUUCUCCGGAUCAGCUGGUCGCUUGCAGGGGGCGGGGCAUUGGCUUUUCUUGUCUCCCUGCUGGCACCAGAAGGGGUUUCAUCUGGCUCUCCACAGUCAGCUCAUGCGUGGCACCACUCACAGGAAGUCUUAGCUUCUUCUUCUCCUCCCCCACAGUCCAUGAAUGGCGCCAACUCACAGGAGGGGCUGGCAUCUGGCUCGCCCCUAGUCCACCCACUAGUGGCACUGGCUCACAGGAAAGCUUGGCUUCUUGUUGACUCCUUGCUCUCCUCCCCAACAGUCUGUAAAGGCACUGAAUCUUGGGAAAGACCUCAGGUCUGGCUCUUCCCCAGUCAAUCUACCUAUUACUGUUGUUUUUUAAUGAAACUUGAAAUCUGAGAUUGUGAUGCCUCCUGCUUUGCUCUUAUUGGGUCAUUGCUAAUUCCAUUUGAAUUUUAGAAUUGUUGUAUCUAGUUCUGCCUACAACUCUGUUGCAAUUUUAAUGGGAUUGUAUUAAAUCUGAGUCACUUUUGUAAAUAUGA